AUGGGCUGUCGAGCGACCCUUGUCCAGGCCAUUGCCACGGUCACCACCGCCGCAGAGGUGCGGAGAGGCGCUAAGAGGCAAGACCUGCUGUCACUGGCCCAAGCCGCCACCGAGGACAUCCGGAGACGUGUAGCGCGGGGCGAAGCUCACCGGCAGGCGCGGCUGGCGACAGCCGGGAAGUUCGACCAGGGGCCUUCUCCUGGCACGGUGGAGCUCAGCAACCUCGGGAAAUUUCCGGUGACGGGCCACGAGUUGCUGCUUGAUCAGCGCUUCGACGGCUACGAGGGGCUGAGUAUUCUGGCCCACACGGAGGGUAGUGGGGGACCGUUGCGACUGCUUGCGUCGGUUGGCGAUGGCGUAGAUGGGUGGGCUGUCUCAGAGGUGCUCGCUUGCGGUUUGAGGCAGCUGGCGGUUCUCGCAGGGACCGACGCCUGA